CUUCAUCUCUCUCACACACAUAUUCUCUCUCCUCGUCUCUGUGUAGCUACUAGCUUAUAUUGCCGCUUCCGUCCUUGGCUCUCGCUCACCUCUCCUUCCAUCUUCUUCUUCUUCUCGUCCUCCUCGAUCCCUCCCUACCGAGCUACACACGGCUGCAAGAAAGAAACAAAGAAAGAGAGAGGCCCGCCGAUCGAAUCAAAUCAGAUCGAUAGCUUUGUGCCAUGGCUUUCCUGGUGGAGCGGUGCGGCGAGAUGGUUGUGUCGAUGGAGACCUCGCCGACGCACGCGAAGCCGGUGCCGGCGCCGUUCCUGACCAAGACGUACCAGCUGGUGGACGACCCCUGCACCGACCACAUCGUGUCGUGGGGCGAGGACGACACCACCUUCGUGGUGUGGCGCCCGCCCGAGUUCGCGCGCGACCUCCUCCCCAACUACUUCAAGCACAACAACUUCUCCAGCUUCGUCAGGCAGCUCAACACCUAUGGUUUUAGGAAGAUAGUGGCAGAUCGGUGGGAGUUUGCCAACGAGUUCUUCAGGAAGGGAGCCAAGCACCUCCUUGCCGAGAUCCACCGGAGGAAGUCGUCGCAGCCGCUGCCGACGCCGCUGCCACCGCACCAGCCCUACCACCACCACCACCACCAUCUCCACCACCACCACCUCAACCCCUUCUCCCCGCCGCCGCCGCCUCCAACCCAACCGGUGUAUCAUUUCCAAGAAGAGCCCGCCGCCGCGCACGGCGUCCACGGCGGCAGCAAUGGUGGUGACGGCAGCGGCGGUGGGGACUUCUUGGCAGCGCUGUCGGAGGACAACCGCCAGCUGCGGCGGCGCAACUCGCUUCUGCUGUCGGAGCUGGCGCACAUGAAGAAGCUCUACAACGACAUCAUCUACUUCCUGCAGAACCACGUGGCGCCGGUGACGAGCCCCUCGUCGGCGGCGCACCACGCGUCCCUGCCCAGCGCCGGCGCCGCGUCCUCCUGCAGGCUGAUGGAGCUGGACCCGGGCUCCCCUUCCCCGCCGCCGCGGCCGGAGGCGGCGGAGGACGCCGGUGACGGCACGGUGAAGCUGUUCGGCGUGGCGCUGCAGGGCAAGAAGAAGAAGCGGGCGCACCGAGAGGACGGCGACGACGACCAUGAGCAGGGAAGCAGCGAGGUCUAACCGCCGGCCGGCCGACCGGCCGGAUUGCUCUCGUCUCGUGUACAUAUAGAGAUCAGACCAGAGAGGAGUAGUUGCAUCGCUAGCUCGCUAGCUAGGCUUUGGUAAUUUCUUUUGAGUGCGUGUACUGAGAUUAAUUUGCAAGCUAAGUGUUGAUUAGUCCGAGUAAAACUAACAAGGAUGCAUGCUUGCGUGCAUGGAUGAAUCGAUCGAAGUUAAGUUGUUCCAGAGGCUUGCAGUUGCACCAACUUCAA